AUGCCUGAAGCGACGUAUACGAAAGCUGAAGAUAGUACCAUUGUUUUUAACCAAUCUAAAAAAGAGACUUUCACUCUAAACCAGCACUUUACAGAAAUAUGUAAAUUCCUCAAAUCUUCCUGGAAGAUUGUUGUAAAUAAGGAUGACAUAACGUAUGAACGUCUCAGCAUUGUCAAGCUGUUUGUCAUACCCGGAGCAACUGAGAAGUUUAGUGCUGCAGAAUUAAUUCACUCAAAAAAUACAUUGAGAAUGGAGGGUCUUUACUUGUUCUUAUGGGUGAGAACGUUUGGAAUUAUGGUUAAUAGUGGUAAGCUAGCUGUUCAAAAUUUCUUAUGA